UCACGGAGCUGCGCCCGCGCUGUUUGAGCGCGGCCAUGGCGGAGCCGGGGAUGGAGCCGGAGCUGGAGCCGGAGCGGGGCCCGGAGGCGGUGACGGCCGAGGCGGUGCUGAGGGAGCUGCGGCUCUUCGAGCUGCGCUGCGAGGGCGAGGAAGUGCCCGACAAGCUGGUGGAGCUGUGCCUGAGCCACGGGCUGGGCCCGGUGGCCUUGGCCAACGAGCUGCUGGCCUUUGUCACCAGCAAGGACCUGGACCUGCAGCUCACCCCCGAGGGCCUGGACGCCUUCGAGCACGAGGUGCUGGCCAAGCGCGGCAGCCGCGGGCGGCGCGGGAGGGACGAGCGCCGGGGGCUGCUCCAUGAUAUCCACUCGCUGCAGGGGCUCCUGGACGAGGAGCAGGAGGACGAGCUGCUGGACGCCUACACCACCCCCUCCAAGGGCUCCCACAAACGCAGCAACUCCACCCCGGAGACGCCCCAGGCCAAGCGGGCGCCGCCCUCCCGCAGCCCCUUGGGGCUCUUCAGCCCCGGCAGCUUCUCCCCGAGCGUGACCCCCUCCCAGAAAUACUCGUCCAGGACAGGCCGGGGGGAGGCCGUGGCCACGUUCGGGGCCGAGCAGGGCCAGGCCUGGCUGGGCACUGCUGGCACUGCUGGCACUGCUGGCACUGCUGGCACUGCUGGCACAGAUGGCACUGCUGGCACAGAUGGCACUGGUGGCACAGGUGGUGGCAGUGGCAGCGUCGGUGUCACCGUCAGAGCCUUCGGCAGCCCCGAGCAGCUCCUGAGCCAGCCCUACAAGUUCAUGUUCCAGAAGCUUCUGGAUGUCAGGGAAGCGCUGGCCGAGCGGGUGGAGGAGCUCGGGGCGGUUCUGCAGCAGCACCACGGCCUGGACGGGUUCAGCUCGGCCGCCGUCCCGGCACAGGAGGCGGUGACGGUGCUGGGCGCCAUCGCCUGUGACGGCCAGGGGAAGCUGAACCCCAAAUCCGCGCUGCUCGUGGGGGACCGGGAGCACUCGGGGGGGGCCCAGGUGCCCCUGGACCUCUCGGAGCUUCCGGAAUAUUCCCUGUUCCCAGGCCAGGUGGUGGCCCUGGAAGGCACCAACCCCACGGGCAGGAGGAUGGUGGUGACCAAAAUAUACGAGGGGGUCCCUCUGCCCUUCCACACCCCCACGGAGCCAAUGCCAGAGCCCCGGCGGGUGCUGGUGGCCUGCGGGCCCUUCACGCCCUCGGACGGCGCCGCCUUCGAGCCCCUGCGGGACCUGCUGGGGGUGCUGGAGCGGGAGCGGCCCCAUCUCUGCAUCCUGUUUGGGCCCUUCCUGGACGCCAAGCACGAGCAGGUGGAGAGCUGCCAACUCCUGAGCCCCUUCUCGGACGUGUUCAGGCUCUGCCUCAGGACCAUCAUCGAGGGCACCCGGAGCUCAGGGUGCCAGCUGGUCCUGGUGCCCUCUCUCAGGGACGUUUCCCACCCGCCCGUGUACCCUCAGCCGCCCUUCGGCCCCGCAGAGCUGCCCCGGGAGGACCGAGCGCGGGUGCUCCUGGUGCCCGAGCCCUGCGCUCUGGACGUCGACGGCGUCGUGCUCGGCCUGAGCUCCACCGACCUCCUGCUGCACCUGGGGGCCGAGGAGAUCUGCAGCCCCCCCGGGCUCUCCGAUCGCUUCUCUCGGAUCCUGCGCCACGUCCUGACCCAGCGCAGCGCUUCAUUGGAGCCCUCCGGCUCCGCCCGCUCCCGGCUUAGAGCGGCUCCCGGCGGAGCCCCGGAACGGAACGGCCCCGGAACGGCCCCUGGAGCCCCCGAACAGCUCCUGGAUGCCUGAAAUUGGCCCUGGAGCCCCGGAA